GUGCUGUGUUCUGUUCAGUGCCAAGCCGUCCUCCUCUCAAAGCCCCAAGUGCAGAUUUUUUGCACUGCCCCCCUUUUCUCUCAGUCGCACACUCACAUCAGCUCACCUCUUGCCUUCCCUCUCUGAAUCCUCUCUCUCUCUCACCCUGAGACUUUCUGGAGGACUUUUUCUAGCUUGGAGUGCCUGCCAAGCAGUGAGAAGAAGCUCUCAGGAGGAGGCAGAAGACAGAUAAGGUGGACAGACAAGUCUAGAGUAGCAGCGUCAGCAUGCGGUGUGUGAGCUUCCUCUCGGUCUGGCCAUACCUGCUGGUCCUUGGCCCGGUGGUAUGGGGCGCUCCCAGCCAGUGCCCGGCCCUGUGUCACUGCCACGGGGACCUGCAGCACGUCAUCUGUGACAACGUGGGGCUAAAGAAUAUUCCACAGGUGUCCGAGGCCACCCGUCUGCUCAAUCUGCAGAGGAACAACCUGGGCAGCCUGCCCACCGGCUCCUUCGCCAGCAGCAAGGGUCUCAUCUCGUUGCACAUGCAGCACUGCCAGCUCCGCGAGAUCGGCGGACAGGCCUUCAAGGGGCUCAAGAAGCUCAUCUACCUCUACCUGUCCAACAAUGAGAUCACCAGCAUCAAGCCGAGUGCCUUCGAGGACCUCACCGAGCUCACCUACCUCUACCUGGACGGCAACCGCAUCAGCGACCUACCCAAGGGCAUCUUCUCGCCCAUGAUCAACCUGUUCAUCCUGCAGCUCAACGAUAACAAGCUGCGCGACAUCAAGCCAGGCACCUUCGCCGGCGCCAAGGACCUGCGCUGGCUGCACAUGAGUGGCAAUGAGAUGAGCUCGCUGCAGCCGGGCUCUCUGGACGAAGUAGAGAACCUGGCCAUCCUGCACCUUGACAGGAACAGGCUGUCCACCUACCCCAGUCUGGCCAUGAGCAAGCUGAGAGUGGUGGAGGAACUGAGCCUGGCCAAGAACCCCCUGAGAACCAUCCCUGACAACGCCUUCCAGAGCUUCGGACGCUACAUGGAGAAGCUGCACCUGGACGGCAUGGGGCUGGAGAAGUUUUCUGACGGGGCGUUCAACGGCAUGACGGCCAUCAAGUCUCUGCACUUGGACAACAACAAGCUCAAGUCCCUGCCCAAGAGCCUGGAGUUCACCAGCAUCACCAACCUCACGCUCGCCAACAACCCCUGGAGCUGCACCUGCACGCUAGCCCCUCUGCGCAAGUGGAUGGAUUCUAGCCGCCAGCGCCCUGAUGCGCUCUGUGCCGCUCCGUCCUCACAGAGAGGAAAGCAGAUCAGGGACAGCUCUGCCUUCAGCGACUGCACAGUUAAGACAAAGAGAGCCAAGAAGGGCACACGCCAUUAAAACACAGGAGACGCUGCCUGAGGGGAAAGGCCUGUCCAGGUGACAGGCUCGGUACGUGUGCAGAGAAAAAAAGCGACGCUAACUGCUACUUAAAGACCGUCCAUCUCACUAUCUGCCAAAUAUCAUGCAUCCCACAACCAACAUUCUGACGAGCAGCCAUGUUGACUCUCCUCCUCUCGCUCUCCCUAAAGCCAGCUUUACACCCUCACCUCUCAGGACCCCAUCACCUGCUGCCACAGCAACGGCCUGCAUCAUCCCCCAAGCCCCCCCUAACAACCUUCCAAAUGGAAUGUUCCAGGCCAGGUCUCCCUUUAUUUAAUGUGGUUCACUCGGUUGGUCAUGUCUCACUUCUCCCAUGAGCAAUUCUGUCAGACUGAGAAAACAACAUCCAGAAAGGACUGUGACCGCAAAACGGACCUUGACAUAUUGUGACUUGACCCGACUCCUCUCAAAACUCUGACCAAAGGUAAGUGACACAACACAGCGCAGGCGGCUAAGGACUUUUUCUGAAUGGGUUUAUGAGAUAAUGGAGCAACGGCAAGUUGAAAAGGAACAUAGUCAGAGAUGACAAAGCGAGGAGUCCAGUUCUCCAGCGGUAUCUUUCGUUUAAAGACUGUCCUUUGUAUGUAUUCAAUCUCCCCAGAGAUACAAAAAAAAUUAUCAUGCUUACAUGAAUGGAGGUUGGAAGUGUUUGCAGUGCCUUUAGGUCUUAUCACAGGAGGACAUGUUGUACAGUUCAAAAUGGAUUAGAGAAUAGGUAGCAGAGGUGUCAUGUCUGAGUCUUUGACUAAAUAAUAUAAUAUACUAAAUAUUUAGCCUUUUCCACCCCCCGCUCCCACUGCUGUGGCAAUGCUUACACUGUGUGACAUUUCAUUUAAAGUAAUUGAUUUACAUUGAAAACAAGAUACUUUCUACUGCUAAAUCAAUGGAUCAUCUAUAGGCAUUGAAGACUUCCCAAACUCUGGGAGCAUGUAGGUACCCCCCUUUCCCUUUCAUAACUCUUAAUAUUUGACUCUUCAGCAUCUUUUUUUAAUGUAUAUUGAACAUCAUAUUUUGGGGGGACAUCUAAGAAAUAAAUAUGUAACCUUG